CGUAUUCAAUUGUACUAUUCAAUUGGGUUUUGUUGAAGUGAUGCCUGUUAUUUCCUUGAAGAGCCGGAGCUUCUCUCAAGUUACUCCGCAUUUACUGCAAUGGAGCCGCCAGCAGUUCCCGCCGGGGCGAGCUUAAACCCUAACGGCAGGAUUUUCGGCCGGAAGCCUGAAUUCGGAGGCGCAUUUGAUCUCAACGAGUGUCCUUCCGCCACCGAAGGCUUUGGUGCGGGGGAGUGUGGCGGUGGAGGUUUGGGGAUGGAUGUGACCGAUUUGAGAGUUGCCGGAAGUUCAACAAGUUCCGGCGUUGGAUGCGCUGCUUUGGAGCAUGAGAAGAUCACUCAUACGCAGCUCUUGACCGGCGUUGAAUCUGGAGCUCCUGCAGUGGCCACUGAGAUGAGUUCUUGUGGCAUUCCUGAUAUCAGUAUGAUUAGAACUCCAAGUCCAGUGGAGAAAGAAGAGGGUUUCAAGAAAAAGCGGCAACGAAAUGUUAGAAUGAAGAAACAUAGACCCAAAAUUUUUGAUGAUAGCAAACCCAGAAGGAUCCCACGACCUGCUUCUAAAAGGGAAAGUGUGAAGAGGAAAUAUAAUAGCGAAAACAGUCUUGGCCAAUCACCUGUUUCGGCCAUUAGAUCGAGAAAGUUGCCCAAGCCUUCAGCUUUUAACCCUCAAACUCCUAAGCCAUUAGCUAAGAAGAAGAGAAAAGGUACUCUCAAAGCAUCAACGCACUGUUUGGAAUCAUGUAAACGAGGGAUCAAUUUCAAUUUUGAAAAAUCUGUAGAAGAAAAUGAAAACAACAUUUCCAUAGAGACAACUGGUAUAGAUAUGGAAGAUGACAAGGGGGAGAUUCUUGUGGGCAAUAACAGGACAAUUGUUUCCCUAGAUGACAUUGGUAAGCAAACUGUUUAUCAUGCCAGGCAACCUGGAAAUGACAUCUUGAAUAACUUGAGUCUCAACUUGAAACCAACAGAGUCAAGUUACAACUGCAAUGGAGGCAAAGAGAUGAUUGGUAUGGUUAACCAAAAUGGAUGCCGAAGUACCUCUUUGCAAGUUUACUGUAGGAAAUUACAAGCCACUGAUUUGCUGAGGUAUAGUAGAAAGUUUGGGCCCCAUUGUCUGAGUAUAUUUAAGGGAAAGAGGACAAAGAGACAGAAAGCACCUUUUUACAAUUUAAGGUUCAUGGAGAGCAACAUAAAAAAGAAAGUGGUGCCUUCCGGAUAUGAACUGCGCAGUUCCUUCAAGCAAUGUUUUGAGUUUACAAUCAACCGACACAACCUUUUAGCAGUCCUUCCUAUAAAAAGUCAAAUGGAAGCAGCUAUUGAUGAUCCUGAGUCUUUCAAGUGCUCAAUUUCAUUGUGUCCUAUAGUGAAAUCUAGAAGGAAAAGAUCUAAAAGGUUCCCUCGAUAUUGCACAACACAUUUGCAAGUGUCACAUUCUACACUGGUGAAGAAUAGUUGUGAUUCAGAACUCCUCUGCCUUGCUGAACACAUUUCACACAUAAAAGAGGAAUCCCCAUGUCUUGAAUCCACUCCCCAAGAAAAUCUAGAGAUAAGACGUAGUGCUUCCUCACACACCAAGGAAGAUCCCUCGCGUAUUGAACCUACUCUUCAAGAAAAUCUUGGGCCAAUAGCACAGGGUGCUUCUGGUUUAGAGUCUAAGUUUGGAUCUGAAACUCGUCAUGUACAAGAUGGAGAGCUACCUGAUAUUGACUGCCAGCUAAAAGAAGCUUUAACCCCAACCGUUGAGAGUGCUUUCUCACACACCAAGGAGGAUCCCUCACGUACUGAACCCUCUCUUCAAGAAAAUAUUGGGCUAAUAGAACAGAGUGCUUCUGGUUUAGAGUCUAAAUUUGGAUCUGAAAAUCAGUUCCUACAAGAUGGAAAGCUAUUUGAUAUUCAGUGCCACAUGAUUAAAGCUUUCAUUCCAACCAUCAAGAGAUCAGAUGAAAAAGUGAAACUUAAAAUCUACUCUCCUCAGAUAGAAGCUACUUUUCAGCAAGGCCUUUUGCCAAUUGCGCAGAGGUCACAACCUAAAUUUAAUGUUAACAAACGGCGUGUACAUCGUAAAAAUGUCAUGGCAGGAACAGGUUCACAGGUUGAAUCCAAAGUGAGUGACAUUGAGUCAAUCAUCCAGCUAUUGGAGAGGCUGCAAAUAAACGAGCAAUACCAGCAGAUAGUGCAGCAUAGAAAUCUUCAAGGUGCAAUACUUCCCUACCAAAAGAAAAUGGAUCCUCAGAAGAAACAAAAAGUACCCAAGGUAGAUCUGGACCCAGAAACAAUCAGAAUGUGGAAUCUAUUGAUGGAGAAAGAUGCAAGUGAAUUGCCUAAGGAUACGGAGGAGGAGAAGAGAACAAAUUGGGAAGAGCAAAGGGAAUUGUUUCGUAAACGUGUGGAAGUAUUCAUUUCCUGCAUGCAUGUUAUUCAAGGUGAUAGACGUUUCUCGCCAUGGAAAGGAUCAGUAGUGGAUUCAGUUGUUGGAGUCUUUUUAACUCAAAAUGUUUCGGACUAUCUAUCCAGCAAUGCCUUUAUGUCUCUUGCUGCCGAAUUUCCUCCACCAUCGAGGUGUAGUGAUCAUCAAGGGGAAACCCCGUGCAGUCAAUCAUUGGAUUUAUUAAUCCCACAAUCACCCAGAGCCUUCAUCCCUUCGACUGAAGACAAAGAGAUUGGCUCAAUGGAAGAUGGAUGCGUGGUGGUAAAUGUUCCUGAGGAACAUGUUGCUUCUGGUUCCUUUCCCGAUAAACACCAGAUAGUCGCUCAUGAGCCAUCUACCAUUGAAAAGUCUAGUGUUCCAAAAGAAAUUCCUAACUUUGAACAAAGUGUUAAAGUGGAAAAAAUGCUAAAACCCGAUGUGGACUGGGAGGAAUUGAGAAGAACCUAUUGUAAUUUAAGCAGGACUCCGGGAAUAAACUUGGAUGCUGUUGAUUGGGAUGCAGUUAGACGUGCUCCUGUUGAAGAAAUAGCAAAAAUUAUCGAGAGUAGAGGAAUGAAUAAUGUUCUUGCAGCAAAGAUUAAGGCCUUCCUCCAGCGGUUGGUUCAUGAUCAUGUAAGCAUUGACCUAGAGUGGCUAAAAGAUAUCCCUCCUGAUAAAGCCAAGGAAUUUUUAUUGAGCAUAAGAGGGGUGGGUUUGAAGAGUACCGAGUGUGUGCGGCUUUUGACGCUUGGUCAUCUUGCUUUUCCUGUCGAUACAAAUAUUGCUCGAAUAGCAGUGCGACUUGGAUGGGUCCCUUUGGAACCACUGCCUGGGGAUCUUCAGAUACAUUUACUAGAACAGUACCCCCAGAUGGAUGCCAUUCAAAAGUAUCUUUGGCCACGCCUUUGCACAUUGGAUAAAAAUAUAUUGUAUGUAUUGCAUUACCAAUUAAUCACCUUCGGAAAGGUUAUCUGUACGAAGAAGAAUCCAAACUGUAAUGCGUGCCCAUUGAGAGCAGAGUGCAGACACUUUGCAAGCGCAUUUGCUAGUUCAAGGCUUCGCCUUCGAGGAGCAGGAGAGAGAAGUGUGGUUGUCUCACAAAAUGAAGUAAGAGACAUUGAAGACUUCCCCUAUGGAUGUGGGGACAAGGGUACCAAAUGCUAUACACAAACUCGUGCAACUGCCAUUGAAAUUCUACCACCUCUAGAGGCUGAAUCUACUGGAGCACUGGAAAGAGCCACUGAAGAUUUUCCUUACACAUUGGAUGAGAAGGAUCUGAAAUCCUAUGUUCAAAAUUGUGAUGAGCCUAUUAUUGAAGUUCCAGCAUCUCCAGAACCGGAAUCCACGGUAUCACUUGAAAGGGACACUGAAGAAAUUCCAUAUGAGUCAGAUGAUGAUGAGAUACCUCACUUCAGGCUUGAUACGGAAGAAUUCAAAAGAAAUUUGCUAAAUUAUUUGAAUCCAGAUGACGUCAAAGAAGAAGUAUCAAAUGCUUUGGUCGCUUUGACUCCAAAUGGUGCUACAAUACCAGCACCUAAAAUUAAGACGGUUGAGCGAUUAAGGACGAAACACCGAGUCUAUAUUCUUCCAGAUACACAUCCGCUUUUGAAUGACUUUCCAAAACGGGAAUGUGAUGAUCCUUGCCCCUAUCUUCUCGCAAUUUGGCCAAAAGAAUCUUCCAAUAAAUCAGAAAAAGAAAGCGGCUCCCAGGAAUCUGAGAUGUGUGGUGGAGAUAUAGACUCUCUAGGCAAUGCUACUCAAGAAGCAAAUGACCAAACAGUUUGUGGAACAGUUUUGAUACCAUGCCGAACAGCAAACAAAGGAAGCUUUCCCCUUAAUGGAACAUAUUUUCAAGUCAAUGAGGUAUUUGUUGAUCAUGAAUCCAGUGAAUGUCCCAUUAAUGUUCCCCGGAAAUGGAUUUGGGCAUUGGAACAACGAAAUCUAUAUUGUGGAAGCACUGCAUCAGCAAUAUCCAGAGGUAUGGACAUGCAGGAGAUUCAACAUUGCUUUUGGAAUGGGUUUAUUUGUGUGAGAGCAUUCAACAGGCGAACAUGCAAGCCAGAGCAUCUUGGAAAACGAUUCCAUGAACUCCCCAGUGUUGCUGGGAAGAAGAAAAUUCUUGAUGAUGAAUAAUAAUUAUAAUAAGAUGAGAGUUGGAACAUGGCUGAAUUGGAGUCUAAAACUAACCAUUAAUGUUAUUCACAUACUCUCCAACAUAUAUUUGACAUUAUGACAUUCUCACAUUCUUUAGGCAUUGAUUAGUGCUCCCUCCUCUCUCUCUCUCCUAAAAGAGCUAUGUUUCACCAAAGGAAAGGAUUAAAGACAAGGAAAAUUA